AUGAGCACCCGACCACCGCAGCCCGGCCCGCGCCCGCCCCAGCACUCGCUGGGCGGCACGGGCAUGUUGCAGAGGCAGGCCCAGCAGCGGAGCCAUCUCCAGCAGAGCCAGCAGCCGUCGCGGGGGAGGACGAGCGACAGUGUGGUCGAAGUUAUAGCCGAUGGCGCCGAGACGGCGCCCCCGCGACUGGAGCCGUCGAAGCCGGGAGGGUCGAUGGUGAGGGUGGAGGGGCUGACGGCGCAGAAACAAAAUAUAGUUAGCAUGGAGUUACCGUCGCAGGCUGGUACACCAGGCGCGGUUAUGCCUCUCCCGAAGCGGGCGGGACAGAGGAUCCCGUUCAGGCGUCAUGAUGCUCAAUCAGAUGCGCCGAAGCAGGUUGGAUCGCCUCACAAGAGUUCGGCGAAUUUACCAUUACCAAUGCCGGCAAGGCCAGGUCGAAGCGGUGUAUCUCAUAUACGAAGGCAGGCGCAUGAUGCAGGGAACUCGCCGAAGAAGGAGAGCCGUCCGAAGCCUUAUGUGUUGGAGGCGCCGUUGGACGCGCCCAGCUACACUUCAAAUGGCCAUUUGGACUACUUCCCCUGGACAGGCACCCGCGAUGAAGACACCUUCAACGAUAACGUUAUUCGACAAGGCUAUUUCGAUAAGAUCCAGACAGGUCAGAACGAGACAGCGUCCGCCAAACAACAAUUAUACCCCUCACUACGACUGAAGAACGGCCUACAAACUCUUGGAUCUUUAUUCGCGCAUGUUUUGGGGCAGAGGAGACAACACUCCCAAAUUACCGCUGCGCCAUCAUUCAAACCGCCUCCUCGAGUCACCUUGACAGAUACAAAGAGAGAGACUUGGUUACGAGAUCUAGCAAAUCCAUUGAUACCACUACGACGCCUCAGCAGAACUAUACCUCACGGCAUCAAGAAUAAGGUGCUGUUGGAACAAUGCACGAGGAAAAAUGUUCCGACUGAAAGGGCGGUGUGGCUUGCUAAAUGUGUGGGGGCAAACGAAAUCAGAGCCUCCAAGAGAAAGGGAGUCCCAGGGGCUCUUGCAAUGGGUGGUGAAUCAAAGUGGAUUCGAGAUUGGACUGUAUGUGUAGAGCAGUUUGUCGAUGGUGUUGUUACAGCUGGGGGAGACAAGGACUGGAAGUCGAAAGUCCUAUAUUCUAUUCGACUCUCUGCACAUCUGUAUUCGGAACAACUACUGGAUACAGAACACUAUCUGGAUUGGCUCCUGUCGUCGUUGGAGAGCACUCCCUUAACGAGGCUGCCAAUCUGGCUAUUAAUAGCCGAAGUGUAUUGGGCCGAUAUACUACGAUAUCGUAAAUCAGCCCGGCGUCUGGUCGCAGCUCUAUGCUCGAAUCUCCAAGAUGCGCAUGAGAGUCCCGAUCGAGACUUACUACUCCCCCUGAUAGAGCGUGUGGGGAACAUCGUCACCGCGACUGUCCAAACAAACCCAGAAAGUUUUAUUGCCUUAUCGCACUGGCCAAAGUACAGUGAUACACUAGUGGCGUGUAAUACGUCCGGAGGACCAGAUGAGACCCAGAUUUUCGACGCAAUUAGUCGUCGCAAUGCUCGUCUCAAGUCUCGAUCUUCCGGUGGCGAUGAAACCCAGAACUCACGGCGCCUAGUUAUCGACCUUCUCGACGCCUCAUUGUCUGUUCAAUUCUCCCAGGACCUCCCAAGAGAAUGCUGGAAAGGGAUGAGAGAUCGAAUACUAUUAGUUCAGACUCUCUUUGAUUGGGCCACAUCUUGUGCUCGCCCAAGUCUUAUGAAGACAUUUGUUGCCGCCCGCCUUAUGAGGACGUGGAGCCGGCACGGGGUUGAUGUGGACGAAUCCGUCUUGAAUUACCUGACCUUCCGAAGCAAUGGGCAUGGUGUAUCCAGCGACGCCGUAUACCAUUUAGUCUCUGAACUGGCAAGGUCUGGCCACUUCUCCGUCUCGAAGUACAUUCAGUGGGUGAUUGCUCGGGGUGGGCUCCACGGUUCCCAGGAUGUGGCCGCAGACGGGCCAUGCGUUACGAGAUUACUUGCAGAGUUGCCCGUACAUGACCUGCCCGAAAACCUACUCAAGAUUCGCAAGACCUUACUUAAUCGUGCUUCGUUUUCUGUCAACGAUGAGACUGAGACUAUUGACAAUAUGUCUCUUGCUUUUGAGCGUUGCAGCCCAAACCUAUAUGGCAAGACGCCUUCCGGAGAAGAGGCCCCAACGGCAGCAGAUGUUGUUCAGAACAUUACACACCUCAGCCGCACUGUGAAGGCGGAACUUGGACUGCGACUGCGAAAGCAAAUAAAUCUCCGCAUGACCAAGGCGUCACCCUCAGAGACGGGAGAAUGGAAAGCAGGUCCAGAAUAUGAAACUGCGACAACAGUCACCGUUGCGGAUUUCAACUUGACUCGGGCUGUUCUAGAAGCCACCGAAGACCUUUCGAUACUCGCUGAUAUCCUCAAGCUCGUCUCGAGCUCCAGCAGCACCCAGAUUUUAGCCUCUAUCGCAGACACUCUCAACAUGCACCGGCUCACUUUCUCGGCGAUUGGAGCACUCAACGACCUCUUCGAUACGCUUGUUUUGCGCCAAUGCAGCCUGGGGGUGAUCCAAGGCCCUGAAUCUGUCACUCUGCUUCACUCCCUGUGUGCACUAUCCGCGACCAUCCCAGAUGUGGCGAACAUACACGUGCAGUUAUCACGGGAUGUGGCUCGUAGCGUUCGCAGGUCCGCUGCUGAUGCUUGCUCUCCUGUCUCGGAUCAUGUAGCCGAAGCACUGCAGAAAUCAGACGGCGAUAUUUCAGAUGAAGUUGAUAAGCUGUUAUCCAGCGGCACUUCGAUGGAUGCUCCUACUUUGAAACGGCUAUUUCAAGUUAUCAUUAAUCAGAUGGAAGCUUCCUGGGCGAAAUCCGAUCCAGGACUACAGAAACAUGGUCCAAUACUCGAGCGCCUUCGAACCUUCGACACAAAGCAAUUCGAUACUCUCCUCACCCCUUGGGUCGAGCAGAUGAUCCUAAAAAGCGACAGGCCUAACCUGGGCCAUGUUCUUGGCCCGCUGAUCAGUGCAGGUUGCCUCUCUUUCAAAGAGCAUUUGAAGGUGUCUGCCUCAAGUGUACAAAAGACACGGGAUGGUGGCGACAAGCCCACCACGAGUCGCAUUGCAUUUGAAAGCCUUUCUCUAGUCCUAAAUACUUAUCGCAAUGGCGACAUCAUGUCCGUCGAGGACGCCUAUACGUUGAAUAUUAGACAGACCCAAGCUCAACUCAAGGACCACUUGGCCAUUCUGAAGAUCGCCCGCAUCGCCAUAGAGAUAUCCGAGCCAUCAGCCGAUAACAACGAUGUUACAAUAAACUUAUUGUGCCUGGGAGAUGCAUUCCGUAGGUUCUUACGGCGGCUCGUUCUCACCGAGUUUGACUGCGUUCUGAAAGAAUUCGUGACACCACUGGCAAAGUCGCAAGACCUUCAUAUUAUCUCCUGUCUUCGAGCCAUCCUUUGCGGUCUUUUAGACCUCAAGACGACCACAGGAACUGAAGAUUUAGUUGUCGCAAGGCAGAUUGAGGUGAUCUUCGGCGUGGCGUCGGAUCUUACAUUACCAUUCUGUCAACUCGCACUACGCUCUCUAUCAGCAUCAGAGAUACCCGGCUCAAGCAGCGAAUCGGCAGCAGACACAUCGCGUCUCGAAGCAUACGAAAGAGCCGUCGACACCGCCCUCGCAAACAACAACCCAACCUGGACGAAAAUAAUCCCCACCCUCGACGCCCAAAUCGCACAACACCUCUGCGACCAAGCCGAGCGCUCCCUCCUCGCCACAAUACCCUCCUUCAAACCCCCAUCCUUCGAUUCCCCCGCCCCAACUAAACCGCCGUCCGACCCAGCGCUUGCAAAACGCAUGCUCUUCGUCAUCUCCGCGACCGCAUAUAGCACCCAGAACCUCGGCCACAACACCACCGCCCUCGACAUUGGGGAGAAGAUUAAUAACCUCGCCCACGCCCUGUCGCAACCGCAGUCUAUGCAGACUUACAGCCAGACUACAACAUGGCUGCCGUUGAUGCUCGAAUAUAUCACCACGCAUGCAUCUACCCUUCCCACUUCCCGGCCAGCAACUGAUGUACGCGCGCGCGUACUCCUGGCACUUUCGGCGCUGCUGUUGGCGCUACAUGCGCAUACGGGGACAGACGCGCUAUCCGAGCACGUCCUGGACGUCUCGCUCCUCCUCGUUGACGAACUCCCCGACGAUGCGAGGGCGCAGUGUGGACGCUUUCUGGCGGAGCGCGGGAAGGAGGUGGUGCUGGGGGAUCCGGGGUUGAGGUAUGUUUUUGGACUUGAGAGUGGGGGAGGGCAGGGGGAAGCUGGUGGAGGAGGGACGUUGAUGAUUAGUCAGCGCGGGAGGAUGGAGGGGUUUGUGGUGAGGAGGUGGGAGUGUUUGAGUGAGCCGACGCCGUUGGUGGGGGAGAAUGAUGCGGCGUUGAGUUUGAGUUUGUUUCAGGCGAGGAGGUGA